AUGAGUUGUUUAAGUUGGAACUGCCAGGGGCUUGGGAACCCCUGGACAGUUAGAGAACUUCAUCUUUUGGUGAAGAAUAAUGUCCCAAAUUUUGUUUUCCUGAUGGAGACAAAAUGUAGAAGAAACAAGGUUGAGAGAAUUAAGAAGUUACUUAACAUGGAAAACAGUUUUAUAGCAGACUGUAAAGGUUUGAGUGGAGGUUUGGCAUUCUUAUGGAAGGCAGAAAUGGAUGCAGUCUUGGAAUCCUAUACUCAGCAUCACAUCUCUUUAAAAGUUAAGAAUUCACUAGAUGGGAAGACAUGGAUUUUAACUGGGUUUUAUGGUGAUCCAAUUACUGCUAAGAGGCAGGGUAGCUGGCAGCUGCUUAGAAGGUUGAAGCCAGCUAAUGACUUGGGGUGGCUCUGUGUUAGGGACUUUAAUGAGAUUGUCACUACUAAUGAGAAAUCUGGAGGAAUGUUAAGACCAUAUAGACAGAUGGUAAGUUUCAGAAAGGCUUUGGAGGAAUGUGAACUAAGUGACAUGGGCUUUGUGGGGAACAAGUAUACUUGGUCUAACAAUCGAUAUGGGGAUGAGCUCACUAAAGAGAGGCUAGACAGAGGCUUAUGCAAUGCAAUUUGGGCUAGUUGGAAUCCUAGAGCAGUGGUCCUUUCUCUAACUGCUCUUACUUCUGACCAUUGUCCAAUUCUUAUCUCUAAGGAUAACUCCCAGAAGGAUAUCAGUAAUCAUACCAAGCCUUUCAGGUAUGAGGUGAGUUGGGCCCAAAGAGAAGCUUGUAACAAGUUGAUUGCUGAAGAAUGGUCAAGGCCAAGACUAGCUUCUAAUAAGCUAAAUUCUGUUACUGAAGGACUGAAGAGAUGUCAGGUUAAGUUGCAACAGUGGAGCAAACAGGCAAUGAGUGGCACCAAGAAAGAAGAUCUUUUCAAUACAUCUUGUCCCCAGAACAUUGAUGGAUGCUUGGCUGCUACUAGACCCAAGGUAACUGAGGAGAUGAAUCAAGAUUUGAAGAGGCCAUACACUGCUCAAGAGAUUGAGGAAGCUUUGUUCCAAAUGGAUGGCUUGAGCUCACCUGGACCUGAUGGCUAUCCAGCAGCCUUCUUUCAGCAACACUAG